AUGUAUUCUGGACAGCCUGAAUUUGUCAGCUCGACAUCCCCCUGCACCGCACUCAUUACCCCUGCCCAAUCCUCUUCCCCCCGCUCUCCCCCUCGCUGCUUCUUCUCCACUCCCCCCCUCCCCCCCCAGGUGGCAGUAGCAGCAGAGCUAGGCGGGUCGAUCGAAACAGGCAUUCUCGGCAACCCUCUGGGCGUUUUGGCCCGUCAACUCGCCAUCCCUCUGCACCGCAUUCACUGUCCUCCCCACUCCCUGCUCUCUCACUUGUCACUGAAUUUCUCCUCUUCUCUCUCGCUCCCCUCCCAGGUGGCAGUGACAGCGGAACAGGGCGGGUCUAUGGUAGCAGUAGCAGCAGAGCUAGGUGGUUCAAUUGUGACAGGCAUUCUCGGCAACCCUCUGGGCGUCUUGGCUCGCCAGCUCGCCAUCCCUCUGCACCGCAUUCGCGACGCCUGCCCGCUCUACCGCCCGGACGGGCUGCCCGUGAACGAAAAAGCCGACCGGGUAGCCGAGGCAAGAUUCAACGUGAUGCUGGACUUAGCUUCUGAGAGAAGAGCAGAGAUGGAGGGGGUGGCAGAUCAGAUUUCCCUUGGGAAUACCAUGGAGUUUGUUCGGCAGCAAGCGGUGCAGGCUGUAUCUGAGGAAGGUGGAGCAGCCUCAGGAACAGCAACAGCAGUGGCAGCAGCAGGAGCAGCAGCAGCAGCAGCAGCAGCAGCAGCAGCAGCAGCAGCAGCAGGAGCAGCAGCAGAAGCAGCAGCAGCAGCUGCAGGAUUAGCAACAGCAGCAGCAGCAGCAGCAGCAGGAGCAGCAGCGGGACCACCAGCAGCAGCACAACCAGCCACAGUGCAGGAAACAGAAGAAGAGAAGCAGCUGGUGCAGUGGCACUACGCGAACCUCGAAUUCGCCAACGCAGCUCGAGUAGCGGACCUCUCUCUGGCCUUCUGGGACCAGGACGAUCCCCACGAGCUGCUGGGCCACCACUGCUUCGUGGCGGGGGGUAACGGGCAGCUUGUGGAUGCACUGGCUGAUGGGCUGCCCGUGGUGUAUAACUGUGCGGUGGAGAGGGUUGAGUAUGGGAUUGGGAGGGAUCGGGGAGGGGACGAGCCGGUUCCAGCAGAGGCAGGAGGGAGAGGAUCUGUGUCCUUCCACCCGCCGCUGCCCCUCAGGAAAACUCGCGCCAUUCAUAGGCUGGGAUUUGGGCUCUUGAAUAAGGUCGCCAUGCUCUUCCCCUAUGUCUUCUGGGACACCACAAUCGACACCUUUGGUCGCGUCACAUCGCACCCCUCACAGCGCGGCGAGUUCUUCCUCUUCUACUCCUACGCUGCUGUCUCGGGCGGCCCGCUGCUCAUGGCACUCGUUGCAGGGGAGGCUGCAGAGAAGUUUGAAGGAGAGAAGUCGGAUGCGCUCAUGUGGCGGGUGCUGAUGGUGCUCAAGAGUGAGUGGGCCCUGUUUCUUUCUACCUUUUGGUUCCUUCCUUAA